AUGCGCACGGGGCAGUGGGCGGGGGGCAGCGGGCCCCCCCGGCUUUACCGCGUGGGACCGCUGCUGGGGAGAGGCGGCUUCGCGUCCGUGUACUCGGGGCUCCGCCUGUGUGACAACAGCCCGGUGGCGAUCAAACGAGUGGCUCGGGAGCGCAUCUCCUCGUGGGGCGAGCGGCCCAGCGGCACUCGCAUUCCCAUGGAGAUAGCCAUGUUGAGGAAGGUGCGCUCCGGCUGCAGUGCCAUCAUCCAGCUCCUCAGUUGGUUUGAGCUGCCCCACUCCUUUGUGCUGGUUCUGGAGCGUCCGGAGCCAUCGCAGGACCUCUCCGACUUCAUCAAAAAACGGAGGUUCCUGCCCGAGGAUCUGGCGCGGGGCAUUUUCCUCCAGGUGCUGGUGGCUGUGCGGCACUGCCACAGCUGCGGUGUCCUGCACAGGGAUAUCAAGCCCAAGAACAUCAUCAUCAACUUGGCCACCAGAGAGGUCAAGCUUAUUGACUUUGGUUGCAGCACCCUCCUCAGGGACACGGUCUACACCACAUUUAGCGGAACACCUUUGUACUACCCGCCGGAGUGGUUCCGCUGGCGCUGCUACCACGGCCGUCCGGCGGCGAUCUGGUCCCUGGGCGUGCUGCUGUAUGAGAUGGUGUGCGGGGUCCUCCCCUUCCGGUGCUGCGAGGACAUCGUCAGCGGGCAGCUCUUCUUCCAGCGCCGGAUCUCUGUCGAAUGCCAGCACCUCAUCAGGUGGUGCUUGUCCAUGAGAGCUCGCGACAGGCCAUCCCUGGACGAUGUGUUCAACCACCCUUGGCUGCAAACAUCCACUGCCCCAGGAGACAGCCGCCCUCCACCCUCACAGCCUGAGCCAGCAGCU